AUGAACAACAGUGGUGGAGGAACUUUGAUGGGUUUGAGCAAUGGUUAUUAUGGGAGGUCGCCAUUCACAGUGUCUCAGUGGCAGGAACUGGAGCACCAAGCUUUGAUCUUCAAGUACAUGCUUGCGGGUAUUCCUGUGCCUCCUAAUCUCGUGCUCCCUAUUCAGAAGAGCUUCGAUUCUUUCCCACAUGCUUUCUUUCACCACCCCACAUUGAGUUAUUGUUCCUUCUAUGGGAAGAAGGUGGACCCAGAGCCAGGACGAUGCAGGAGGACUGAUGGAAAAAAAUGGAGGUGCUCCAAGGAAGCAUACCCAGACUCCAAGUACUGCGAGCGUCACAUGCACCGUGGUCGCAACCGUUCAAGAAAGCCUGUGGAAUCACAAACUAUGACUCACUCUUCUUCAACUGUUACAUCCCUCAAUGUCACAGGUGGAAGUGGCAGCACUAGAACAUUAAACUUCCAAAACCUUACUGCAAAUGACUUUGGUAAUCUCCAGGGUACUGAUUCUGGAACUGACCCUACCAAUUAUCAUCUACAUUCCAUUCCUUAUGCGAUCCCCAGUAAAAAACACAGGUAUCUUCAAGGACUUAAAUCUGAGCGUGGUGAACAUAUCUUAUUUUCUGAAGCUUCAGGAAGCAACAAGGUUCCCCAAAUGUUGUCACAGCUAGAAGACACAUGGCCUUUGAUGUCUACCAGAGUUGCCUCUUUUUCUACAUCAAAAUCAAGUAAUGAUUCCCUUUUGCAUGGUGAUUAUCCCCAGCAUUCGCUUUUAUCUGGUGAAUAUGCAUCAGGAGAACACCUGAAGGAGGAGGGUCACCCUCUUCGAUCUUUUUUCAAUGAAUGGCCUAAAAGCAGGGAUUCAUGGUCUGGUCUGGAAGAUGAGAGAUCUAAUCAAACAGCCUUCUCCACAACUCAACUCUCAAUAUCCAUUCCUAUGUCUUCUGAUAUCUCUGCAACGAGCUCUCAGUCCCCACAUGGUGAGAGUGAUAUUCAAUUUAGGUAA